UCGUGAAUGUCAUCGGAAAAAACAGAAAAAACGCAUGUCCCUAGGGAAAAGUAUGCGAAAUAGUUAUUAGAGUGACAAAAAUUUGUGGCAGUGAAUGAAAAUACUAUAAAGUGUUUCGCGUUUAAUGUGUAGUGGUUUCGCGAAAAACAGUGGUACAAUUUUAUUUUAUUAUAUAACGCAUUUUGACAGUUUGUCACAACAUGUUGGUUCUGUUAUUUUAAGUAUAGUGUGUGGUGCCAUGCUUUAUUGAAAACAACAUGGUUACACUCCAUAUUGUGCAUUUUAUUAAAUAUUGUUAGCAUUUAUUUUACUAUAUAACAGACUACUAUGGAGACGCAGGUACCGGCCGGGUUAAAUAACCCAGAUUAUGCAGAUGACAAGUCAGAACCUGGCACGUCUUACGCAUUAGCGGUUCUAAAAUCCAACCAAGUAGCAACUAACAAUAAAGAAAAUAUUAACGAUCCCAAUACCGGAAAUUCACCGCCACUACCACAGACUGAAAAAAAUAAACAAAUAGGACCUGAAUUAAUUGAUGAUGACUCUACAUUUACACCGGUAGUCAGUCAUAGUAGAAAAGACAGAAAAAAUGAGAAAAAAAAACAAAAACAUUCAAAUGGUCUUAUUGACAAGCUUGAUAAGCAUCAUGAAAAAUCCCAUGACAAAAAAGAAACAUCCUCUAUAAAGGUUGAAAAGGAGAAGGAUCUUUCAAGUUCCAGAGAUAAUCAAGAAGAAAAUGAUUCCAAAACCACCAGGAAGGUUUUCGUAGCAGCCCCUUUGCCCAAAAUAAAUCCGUGGCAGGUCAAGAAUUCCGUUAAUCAAGAUAUCGAAACACAUGCGCCUUUUAUAUCAGAUAAAAGAGUAUUGCAACCCAAACAAGAAGUUAUUGUUAAUGGACAAAAUGCAGCAGCUACCAAACCACUGAAGGAAAAAACUCGUCAACGGGCUAGCGAUUUUUCCGAUAUUUGCGACUGGCCUACAUUAGGCAAUCAUCCGCAAGAGCCACAAAGAAGGUCGUCUAGCCCCUCAGCCACAUCCGUGCCUUCUCCUAGAGAGAAAUCCUUAACGCGCGAGGAACCGAUGCAACAAGAUGACAAAAGAAAACCUUCCAAGCACAAAUGGGUACCUUUAGAAAUAGAUUUAACCAAGGCAAAUAAAAACGACCGAAGAAGAAAUAAUCAUGGCGGUAAUGAUCAUUCAGGCGAUGCUCAAUCGACGGUCAGCGAUGGUGACAGGGAUUGGCGGGCUGAAAGUUUAAAUACUUACGGCGCAAGACAAUUAAGGCCAGCCUCUGCCGCACCACGUGGUCGUUGGCGGCAAAGGGGUGGUAGACGCGUACCUUUCAAUAGGCCGGCAAACAGAAUUCCCAGUGAUCCGGAAUAUCCUGAUAUUGCCAAUUCCAAGUUAUCAAAAUUCGGGGGAUCGUUGGACGGCCAAAAUUUUGUGGUCCCUUAUAUGGGUACCUAUUAUUUUAACAGCAACAAUUAUUUGAAUUUAGAGGGUCCUAUGUUGAAGGAAUACAUUCGCAAUCAGAUCGAGUACUACUUUAGUGAAGAUAAUUUAAACAGAGACUUCUUCUUGCGAAGAAAAAUGGACGCGGAAGGAUACUUGCCGGUGACUCUUAUAGCGUCGUUUCACAGAGUUCAAGCGCUAACAAAUAAUGUAGCACUGAUAGUGGAUGCUAUAAGCUCAUCUGAUAAAAUUGAAAUGUGUGAGGGGUUUAAAGUAAGACCCAAAAAUGAUCCGAAAAAAUGGCCAAUUUUAGACAAAAAUGGCGAAAAGGAGGAAGACGUGAUAUCAAAACUAGUACCUCCCCCUCCCGUUCUUAGAAAUUUACAUCAGGCCGAAAAUCUCAAUCCGGAUGUUGCUGAGUUUAUUCCAGUUGAGAAAGAUAAUAAUAUCGUUGUUAACGGGCAAGUAAAAACUACGAACCAGUUUUUGGAUAAAGAAAAUGAAAAAUUGAGGAAUUCCAUAAACGAGGGUGCGAAGAGCGCGAAAACAAAAGCGGAGGACGAAGAGGAAAACUGGCUGGAAGUCAAGAGAAAAAACAAAGAAAACAAGGUAAAGAAAGAAAACAAAGCAAAGAGUUUUGACUACGAGCGGGAAGAACUGGAAUUUCACUUUGAUGAAGAGCUGGAGAAUGUUCCAAUUGGACGCCAGAAUACCUUUUCAGAUCAAUGGGUUUAUGAGGAAGAAGAUUCAGAUGAGCUUAGCGAUAGAGAUGUUAAUAAGCUUCUUAUUGUUACCCAAGCGCCUUCAUCCCGUGUGCCGAAACAUGAAGGUUAUGACCGCACUGGAGACUGGACUACUCGUGUAAAAAUGUCUCAAGACUUGGAACAGGCAAUUAAUGAUGGUCUCUAUUACUAUGAAGAAGACCUUUGGAACGACAUAGAUUUUGAUCGUGGUUCUACCGGAAGUUACAAAACUGUUACAAUAAUCAGCCAAGAAGAUUUCCAAAAACUAGCUCCCCCGGCUCGCAAAGUACAAAACCCGGAAGUGCCACCGCCACCGCCCCCGCCGAAGAUCGAAACCGCGUCGAAGCCUUCCGGAAGCAAACAGACUAGCCAAAAUUCCCGCAGCAGAAGUCGUCCGAAACCCCUUCACCAUAGAAAUGUGCCGAGAUUCUACGCGGUUGUUAAAGACGAUAGACCCGACCCGACCACUCCCAGGAAACGGAAAACGAGACACUCGAACAAUCCGCCGAUGGAACAACACGUCGGCUGGAUUAUGGAUGUUCGAGAGCAUCGGACUCGCACGACAUCAAGUGGCAGCUACGGAACGAGUCCGAACGAUAACCAGUUGGCCACAAGCUAUGGGAGUGUGCCUCAAUCGCUGCCGAAUUUCCAGCAUCCGUCGCACGCGCUGUUGAAGGAGAAUAAUUUCACCCAACAGGCCUAUUCCAAAUACCGUCAAAGAUGCCUUAAAGAACGCAAACGGUACGGGAUUGGUCACUCGAACGAAAUGAAUACCCUCUUUCGUUUCUGGUCGUUUUUCCUAAGAGAAAAUUUCAACCGCACCAUGUACAAUGAGUUUAAGAUGUACGCGUUAGAAGACGCGCAGGCAGGAUACCGUUACGGUCUCGAAUGUCUAUUUCGGUUUUAUUCAUAUGGGCUCGAGGUAAGGUUCAGACCGCAACUGUAUCAAGAUUUUCAAGAAGAGACCAUUAGAGACUACGAAAGUGGCCAGUUGUACGGUUUGGAAAAAUUUUGGGCGUUUUUGAAAUAUUACAAGCACGGCAACUAUCUUACCGUUACGCCAUUGCUAAAGAAAUACUUGUCCAAAUUCAAGACGAUCGAAGAUUUUCGCGUAGUCGAGCCGAGAAUUAACGAAAUAUUCAAAAGCCAGGGCAAGUACCAUCAGAAAGGACGUAAUAGGACAUUAUCUGAAAGCCAAAUUACGUCAGGACCAAGUACUUCGCGCGAUGACGGCAGACGCCCUUCCGCUUGCAGACCCGAAACUUUCUCGGCCAACCAUUAUCCACAGCCUGGAACAAGUGCCCCAGCUGGAACUGGCUUCAAGUAUCCCAGAUCUCGUACGCAUUCCUUCGGUUCGGGUCGUAAUAAGAAUAUCCAUAACGUCCAACGAGGCGAUUCGUGGAAAUCCAAAGAGAACCUUGCAGGUAAAUCGGAGUAAAGCACAUCCGACAUCUAAAUGUCCUAUAUAUAAUAGUGUAGUAUAUAAGGUAAUACGUCAUAUUUCGCGAAACAUAAGUAGCCUUUGUAAAAAUGUAAUUAAAAAGUAAAAAAAUAUUUGGGUGCCAUCGCGUUGCAUUGAAAGAAAUCUAAUUAAAAAAAAAAAUCACAAAACGUUUAAUAUUUUUCUAGCGUGUGUGAGGGCAUGUUUUCAACGUCAAUUUUUCUUACGAAAAUCGCAAAAUGGAUACGGUUUAUGUAAAUAUUUAGGUGCGCUAUCCUAACAUCAAAAAUACUCGCAUGUUGUGAGGCUGUUCAUUUUGCUUUCGCAUCGUUAGUCAAUGGUAUAUAUAUAUUGUUAAGUGUGCUAUUGUCAUCAGUUUCUUCUAUUGUAGGGUUAGCUGUUUGUUUUACUUAUUAUUCAGUUUCUGUUUUUUUACAAGGGGGGCACAUAUUGUAAUUUUAAUGGAUCGAUCGGUGAUAGUUCUGACAAUUUAUUAUUUUAUUGCAAUCGAGUUUUAAUAAAAAUUUGGGAGCUACACGCGAAAAAAUAUAUCUUCCGAUAACGUAUUAAACUUGGGAUUAUCAUGUUAUUUAGGGUUGUUUUUAUUUUGUACAGUUAGUAGUCUGUUUGAAAACAAGUGGCAAGGAGUUUUUUAAUCCUGUACCGGUUUUGUUAUGUAUUUGUUUUGCGCUGGCGGAGAGCAUUUAAUAUAUAUUUACCUAGAAAUUUAUAUAGUAUUUUGUUUAUUGUUUUGGUGAAAUUUAAUGCAGUAGACAAAAACGAAUAUAAAAAAUUGUGAUAUUUAACGGUUCAUAAUAGUUUGCUCAACUCCUUGCAUUUAAGAGUACCUAGUUGUAUGAUAUAGUGAUAAGUUAGCUAUAGCGUCAUGUGGAAGUGUGAACUGAGUUGUCUUCCUAUGAGCCUAAAAAAUUAAAAAAAAAAAAGAAUAAAAGCCGCUAAAACCAAUUAAAUGUGUUUUGCUAC